AUGGCCAACGUAUUGACUCCAGAACAGAAAUAUGAUCUCAUAUCAAGAAACCUUCAGGAAGUACUGGGUGAGGAAGAAAUUUUAAACAUUUUAAAGGAAAGAGAUUUAAAACUCUAUUGGGGCACAGCUCCAACUGGCAAGCCACAUAUUGGUUAUUUUGUUCCAAUGUCAAAAAUUGCCGACUUCUUAUCUGCUGGAGUCGAGGUUUCACCUUUGGAACUUGUAAAUCAUCGAACAAAAUAUUAUGAAGUACUUAUUAAAACUGUUCUUGAAUCAAUCGGCGUACCUAUCGAUAAACUGAAAUUUGUUGUUGGCUCCACUUACCAACUUACUAAAGAAUACAGUAUGGAUAAUUAUAGAUUAUGUGCUACCGUAACAGAACAUGAUGCAAAGAAAGCUGGUGCUGAAGUUGUCAAACAAAUUGAGUCUCCUCUAUUAUCAGGAUUAUUAUACCCUGGAUUACAAGCAUUAGAUGAAGAAUACUUAAAAGUAGAUGCUCAAUUUGGUGAUGUUGAUCAAAGAAAAAUUUUUGUAUUUGCUGAAAAAUAUUUACCUCAUCUUGGGUAUAAAAAACGCGCUCAUCUUAUGAAUCCUAUGGUUCCUGGUCUUGCUGGUUCAAAAAUGUCUUCUUCCGAUCCUGAUUCAAAAAUUGAUCUUCUUGAUGAUGAAGCUACUGUGACUCGUAAAUUGAAAAAAGCUUUUUGUGAGGAAGGUAAUAUUACCGAUAAUGGUGUUCUUUCCUUCAUAAAAUUUGUCUUAUUUCCACUCGGUUCGCUUAAUGGUCAAACUCCGAAAUUCGUAAUUAAUCGUCCUGAAAAAUUUGGUGGUCAAGUUAUCUAUACUGAUUAUCAAUCAUUAGAAAAUGAUUUUCGUGAUAAAAAAAUUCAUCCUGGUGAUUUAAAAAAUUCCGCAACGGAUUCUAUUAACAAAUUAUUGGAUCCUAUUAGAAAAAAAUGGGCAUGUGAUCCUGAACUAUCGAAUUUAACAAGCAAAGCAUAUCCUGAGCCAGGUAGCAAAAUAACAAAAAAGAAAGAAUCAAAAAAACAUAAUCAACCACCUAAAGGUUCUAACACUCCUACAGAGUUGCCCGUGGAUAUUUCAAGGAUAGAUGUUCGAGUUGCGAAAAUUAUAAAAGCGGAGAAUCAUCCGAAAAACGCCAAAUCUUAUGUAUCGACUGUUGAUGUUGGUGACGCAUCUGGUAACCCACGAACUGUAGUUUCAGGUCUUGCUAAUCAUAUUCCAUUGGAACAACUCCAAGGUCGUUAUGUUGUUGCCGUAUGUAAUCUAAAACCUGCAAGGUUACAAGGUGUUGAAUCUCAAGCUAUGCUUCUUGCUGCUUCUUCGCCAGAUGGCACUCGAAUUGAAUUAUUGGAUCCACCUGUGGAAUCUGAAAUUGGUGAACAAAUUGUUUGGAAAGGAUAUGGUUCUGCAAAAAGAGAUAAUGAAAUAUUAAAUCCUAAACAAAAAGUAUUUGAUCAAGUUGCUGAAGGACUUCGAGUAAAUGAAGAGGGCGUGGCUUUGUACAAAGAUGUUCCUUUUGAGACUAGCAAAGGUGUAGUGACUGUAAAAACCUUGAAGGAAGGUACUAUUCGAUAG